UUUCAGAGAUGAAGUCAGAGCUGAAGUCUGUUGGGUUGCGACAAAAGGAAACAGAGAACAAGCUUCUCGACAUCUCCACAAAGUUGGACAAAGUCACAAAGGCACUGAAUUUAGACAUCAGCAAUCUGGCCCUUGGCAAACCUGCAUACGGAUGUAAAGACUUUGACGGACGUUCUAAUCCUAACCAUGUGGUUGACGGUGACAAGGGCGGAAAUCGUAUAGCAGGUCAAUGCUUUACUUCCCAUGCUUCUGUGCCGAAACCUUGGUGGAUGGUUGACUUGCAAGGAAACUAUGAUGUGCACAACGUCACCCUUUACAGACGGACAGAUGGUUAUGCAUACAGAUUCCAUGACCUGGAAGUCCUAGUGUUUAAAGAAAACCCCAUGAAUACCAGCACUGCCCAGCCAAUGACAUGUGCACAAAAGAAAGGACGACUGUCAAGGCCUGAGGUUCUAGUCUGCAACCCUUCGACAACGGGUCGAUACGUGAUGUUACAUUAUAUACCACCAAACCGUGAAUAUCUCACCAUCUGCGAAGUCGUGGUUCGUGGAAAACUCAUCAAAGGUAAAGCAGUAGACAACCUCACCCGAGAAAAUAAUUACAAACAACUUCACACAUGAUAAUUCAGUGCACAGUCAUUUCAAUCAUGUAAAUGUUUUGUUUGGUAUUCAAAGUAAUAUUACAGGUACACGAUGGCGGUCUGUAACUAAUCUCGUCUAGACCAGGCAAUCAAGUGAUUCAAUUCAGUGACAUCGAUUUGGGAUAAUAAUAACGGCCUGGUCACACGACCCCAUUAGUCGCUUAUUGAAACAAACAAAAAUACUACACUGUAAGUCCCAAACAUUUAAAAUAAAUUCUUUCACAAUAGUUUAUAUGUUAUUUAAAAUCAUGGCUAGAUUGUCUGAUAUUGCUAGUAGCUGAACUGAUAGCGUAAAUUCAGCUAUAG